ACACCGCUUAGAUGAGAAGAGCGCAGAGUGAAAUCACUCCGCUGGAGAGACGCAACUUCGUUGCCUGCUGGCUUUUACGCACUCAUCACCAAGUAGAAGGGAUAUAGAUUUAUUUAUUUUUUAGCCUUUUUUUUUUUGGUGUGUGGAUCAGGCUUGAAGAGAGACAGGAGAAAAAGAAGAAGAAGAAGAAGAGAGAGUGUGAGCUAAUUGGGAUGAGAGUUCAAGUCAAGUGAGCCGGCAGAUUGGACCUUUUAAAGCCUCUUAACGCAGGUGGUUGGUGGGAGGAAUACAGCGCAAAGGGGAGUGUGUUUAUGUGUUUGUGUGGGUGUGUGGAAAUCCACCCUGGACACAGCGGCAAAAGGGGGUGAUCAGGUGUUUUGUGGGUUGGUUGGUGGGUGGGGGAUAAAUCCAAGAGGAGACAGACAGAGAGGUAUAGCUAUGGUUUCUCCGACUUGGACGCGAUGAAGUGGCUCUGCGGGAGCUCCAGGGUUUAAAGACCGGAGACAGAGGAGGGAGAGCUGGGCGGACGGACGGAGAGAGGAGGAGGAGGAGGAAGAGGAGGAAGAGGAGGAAGAGAGGGACACCAGCACCGCCAAAGCGCGCAGCACGGUCCCCAUGCAAUCCCCUGACGCAAGGAUGGAGAGCGCAAUUGCGCGCAAGGCAACCCGGCUCGAUCUGGAGACAAGGAGCGUAAAGAUCACCGGAGAGCCAGACAUGAGGAGUGUCCAACACCGGGGACACCGGGGACACCUCCACCUGCAGCGGACUAUGAUUUUUCUCGUUGCACUCACGAUACAACCGCAGGCCGUGUGUGCAGUCGGGAUGUUCGAGCUUCAGAUCCACUACUUCCAGAACCCCCUCGGACUUCUGCAGACCGGAGACUGCUGCGACCUCCAGGCCAGCGGGGGGCAGCGCUGCUCUGCCAGGGACCAAUGUGACACUUUCUUCCAAGUCUGCCUCAAGGAGUACCAGGCCCGGGUCGUACCAACAGGAACCUGCACCUUCGGGUCAGGCACCACAGGGAUCCUGGGUGGAAACUCCCAGUCGCUCCGCCACCGAGGACACGAUGGAGGAGGAGGAGGAGGAGGAGGAGGAGGAGGAGGAGAGGAUGGGACUAAUGGACACAUUGUCAUUCCCUUCAAAUACGCGUGGCCGAAGUCCUUCUCUCUGGUGUUGGAGGCUCUGGACUACGACAACGACACAUCAGAAUCAGUGAUGUCAUCACGUCCCCAGAUCUCGGCAUUUAAAGGUCAGUUGAUCGAGCGAGUCCUCCUCUCCUCCAUGUUGAACCCUGGUGAACGGUGGCAGACGUACCAGCACCACGGACGACCUCUCACUCUGGAUUACCGGGUUCGCUUCCGCUGCGAUUCAAACUACUACGGACCUUUCUGCAACAAGUUCUGCAGGGCCCGCGAUGACUUCUUCGGUCACUUCAACUGCGACCCCAGCGGCUCCAAGGUCUGCAUGGAGGGCUGGACGGGGCCAGAGUGCAAAGGAGCGGUGUGCAAGCAGGGGUGUCAUCAGGUCCACGGCUCCUGUACUGCACCAGGAGAAUGCAAGUGUCAUUAUGGCUGGAAAGGCCCUCUGUGUGACCAGUGUGUGACGUUCCCCGGCUGUGUGUACGGAGGCUGCGGCGAGCCCUGGGAGUGUUUGUGCGAUGUCAACUGGGGAGGACUGCUGUGUGACAAAGAUCUGAACUACUGUGGCACCCACCUGCCCUGUAAGAACGGUGGGACCUGCACCAACACAGAGCCAAAUGAGUACCACUGUGAGUGCCAGGAAGGUUUCAGAGGACGCAACUGUGACAUUGUGGAGCAUGCGUGUUUGUCAUCCCCGUGUAUGAACGGAGCCACAUGUGUGGAAGACCCGACGGGCUUCAGCUGCACCUGUACCAACAGCUGGACUGGACUCACCUGCGCUGAUGCGGUGAGGCAGUGUGAUCGGAGCCCCUGCGGCCGUGGAGCAACAUGUGAGGAGGCUCCUGGAGGUCACCGGUGCCUCUGCCCGCCUGGAUGGACCGGCAGGACGUGCCAGCUAGAUACCAACGAGUGUGAAAUGAGUAUAUGCGUCCACUCCCGCUCCUGUCGCAACCUGAUCGGUGGAUACCUGUGUGACUGCCUUCCUGGGUGGACGGGGCCUAACUGUGACAUCAGGAACAGCAGCUGUCAGGGUUUGUGUUUGAACGGCGGACGUUGUGAGGACCAGGUGUCAGGGUCCAGAUGCUUGUGUCCACCUGGUUUCUCUGGGAAAUAUUGCCAAAAUGCUCCGAGGCCUUGUGACAGCGCCCCCUGUCUGCACGGAGGACAGUGUGUGGAGAAGGAUGGAAGGACCAUCACCUGCAACUGUCCCACGGGAUAUUCAGGAGUCUUCUGUGAGAUAUCAUUGGAUCUGUGCAAUCCCAACCCCUGCCAGCAGGGGGUGCCCUGUCACAGCACGGAGGGCAAAUACAUGUGUGCGUGCCCCGAGGGUUACUAUGGUAACGAGUGCAUGAGCCUCAAAAAUCCCUGCAUUGGUCAACAAUGUCCAGGUGCCAUGACACAAGGGGGCGUCAGCUUCUACAUCAUCCUGGUAGGCGUCUUAGCUUUAGUGAUGGUCUGUGGCUGUGUGGCCUGCGCCUUCAUCCUCUCCCACCUCCAUCGAAAGCGGAAAAAGCAGCAGGCCGUCCCGCAGGAAGAAGGCAUCAACAACCAGAGGGAGUUUGUCAACCUCAUCAGAAACGUGGACCGUCCCGUUCCCCUCCUGCCCCCUGCCACCCCGCUCGCACACCCUCCGGCCCCUCCUGCCCCAGUCUCACGCUGCUACGAGGAGAUUGAACUGACCCUGCCGCCCUCCCCAGCGCCUUCACACCCAUCUCCAGCACUAAAGCCAGCCCACGCCCCCAAACUGGACAUUUCAAACCGGGAAAGGGAGAAGUUGAACCGCUUCCACUACACAGACAGGCCAGACCAGGAACUGGAAGCCUGACCCUUGAACUUUUGGACUUUUUUGUUUUAUUUCGUUUUGCGUUCUUCGCACUCUCUCGCUCGUAGGGACCUCUUUCCAGUUUCUUGCACUGUGUCACUGUUGCAGUUAUGAAAAUGGGGUGACCCUAUGACCUUUAUGUGCUCAGAUAGCAUCUGGUGACACCUGAAGAGUGAAGGCUGCUACGUAGAAGGGUCAAAAGUCUUACUGUGUUGUCGUCUUUGAACCUUUUUAACUAUGAGAAGCAGCAGGUGCAUGAUGUUUGCCUGAAAUCAGACUCUUGAUUUAAUCCGGAGACUUCUUGCCUUGGAGUGCCUGAGAUACCGUCAAGAGGAAAUAGAGGAUGAUCCUCUGAACCUGUUUCCUGGUCCACGAUGCCAUCUGAUUGGUGUCCAGACCUCCAUUACUGUUUCUGACUGAACUCUGACAGACAGAGAGAUCAAUGAAUGGAUGCUUAUUUAACACUCAGUGUGUGUUUUCUGUGUCUGGUUGGUUGUGUGAGAGUGAAAGAGAGAAUGUAUAUUAUGAGUGUAUGUGGGGAGAAAAGACAGUUUACUUUAAGAAAAGAAAACAAAGUUGAUAUACAUGUCAAAGAGGGUGCAUACUCCUGCUCCAAAGACUUUUAAUAAGUCUUUGUUUUAAAACUAUACACUGUUGCCUGUAUUGUCUCUGUAAUACUACAGUUUGUCAAAGAUGUAUGAUUUUUUUCAUACCUGUGUGUAAAAUAGCUUUUUUUGUACAUGAAUAUAUUGUACAUAUUGAUGCCCUUUUUGUACUGUGGUUUGGUCUGAAAGUAUCACUGUAUUACUUUGCUCUGUUUGUCCCAUUUCGCUUUCCAUUUGGAGUAACCAGCACAUGUGGAUUGUAAUAAAAGUGCAUUUACAACUCUA